GUGCGAGUGCUCGCGUCGCCGGACGCUGAGGUGGCAGCAGCCUGGCCAAGAUGGAGCUGCUGCAGAUGCCGGAGCUGAUGGGACUGUCGCUGUUGCUGGGGCUGCUGGCCCUGGUGGCGACGGCGGCGGUAGCGCGGGGGUGGCUGCGCACGGAGGAGGAUUCGCGCGGCCGGCUCGCCGGCCAAAAAGCAAAUGGACUUCCACUUGACAAAUCCUUGGGAUCCAAGAAGCAGAAACAGAAUCAGCGGAUUCGCAAGGAGAAGCCUCAACAACACAACUUCACUCACCGCCUCCUGGCUGCGGCACUGAAGAGCCACAGUGGGAACAUAUCUUGCAUGGACUUUAGCAGCAACGGCAAGUACCUGGCCACCUGUGCCGAUGAUCGCACUGUCCGCAUCUGGAGCACCAAGGACUUCCUACAGCGGGAGCAUCGCAGCAUGAGAGCCAAUGUGGAACUGGACCAUGCCACCCUGGUGCGCUUCAGCCCUGACUGCAGAGCCUUCGUCGUGUGGCUGGCCAAUGGAGACACCCUCCGUGUCUUCAAGAUGAACAAACGAGAGGAUGGGGGCUACGCUUUCACAGCCACUCCAGAGGACUUCCCUAAAAGGCACAAGGCACCCAUCGUCAACAUUGGCAUUGCUGACACAGGGAAGUUCAUCAUGACUGCCUCUAGUGACACGACUGUCCUCAUCUGGAAUCUGAAACGUCAGGUGCUGUCUACCAUCAACACCAAUCAGAUGAACAAUACACAUGCUGCCAUAUCCCCUUGUAGCAGGUUUGUGGCCUCGUGUGGCUUUACGCCGGAUGUGAAAGUUUGGGAAGUCUGCUUUGGGAAAAAAGGGGACUUCCAGGAGGUUGUGCGAGCCUUUGAACUGAAGGGCCACUCUGCAGCUGUCCACUUCUUUGCUUUCUCCAAUGACUCCCGGAGGAUGGCCUCUGUCUCCAAGGAUGGUACGUGGAAAUUAUGGGACACAGAUGUGGAAUACAAGAAGCAGCAGGACCCCUACUUGCUGAGGACAGGCCACUGUGAAGAGGCGAGCACCAUGCCAUGCCGCCUGGCACUCUCCCCUGAUGCCCAUGUCUUGGCCUUGGCCAGUGGCAGCAAGAUUCGUCUCUAUAAUACCCGGCGGGGCGAGGAAGAGGAAUGCUUUGAGCAGGUCCAUGGAGAGUGUAUCAGUGACUUGUCCUUUGACAUCACUGGCCGGUUUUUGGCCUCCUGUGGGGACCGAGCAGUUCGGCUUUUCCACAACACCCCUGGCCACCGGGCUGUGGUGGAGGAAAUGCAGGGCCUCCUGAAGCGGGCCUCCAAUGAGAGCACCCGCCAGAGGCUGCAGCAGCAGCUGACCCAGGCCCAGGAAGUCCUGAAGAGCCUGGGGGCCUUGAAGAAAUGACUCUGGGAGGGGGUGGCAGGAAGGUUCUGGCUACCUGUUACCGCUGCUACUACCACUCUUCUUCCCAGGCACUCUCCAGCUAGAAUCCUUUGGAAAAGAGUAUUUUUAUUUUCCUAUUAGCAACCUCUCUCUUCUUUUUCCAAUUGAAACUAUACUUGCCUACU